AUGAGUGCCUCCGCGUCCAAAGGCGGCUUCGUGUCGCUGAGCAACCGCUGCAACGAGAGCAAGUCGCCAUACGUCCGAUCGCACUCCAACAACCCUACAGCAUGGCAGCUCUGGAGUCCGGAGACACUCGAGCUGUCCAAACGCACCAAUCGCCUACUCUUUGUUUCGAUUGGCUAUUCGGCAUGCCAUUGGUGCCAUGUCAUGGCUCACGAGAGCUUCAUGGACGAUCGCAUUGCCCAGCUGUUGAACGAACACUUCAUCCCUGUCAAGGUCGACCGCGAAGAACGCCCUGACGUUGACAAGGUCUACAUGGAUUUCCUACAAGCCACGACCGGUGGUGGAGGCUGGCCUCUCAACGUCUUUGUCACUCCAGACUUGCAACCGCUGUUCGGUGGAACAUACUGGCCGGGUCCGAAGAGCGAGCGUGCGCACCAUGGCGGAGGCUUCGAGACUAUCCUGACAAAGGUGGCCAGCGCAUGGAAAGAGCAGGAGGCACGAUGCAGAGAAAGCGCUUCGAACAUCACCGACCAGCUCAGACAAUUCGCCCAAGAAGGCACCCUGUCUGGCAGGAGAUCGGGCGAAGGCAUCGAUGGAAGCGACGACGGCCUAGAGCUGGAAUUGUUGGAAGAGGCAUACGACCACUACAAGUCCAGAUAUGAUGAGCAAAAUGGCGGCUUUGGCGGUGCUCCAAAGUUCCCUACUCCCUCGCACCUGUCCUUCUUGCUGAGACUCGGCGAGUGGGACGGUAUCGUCAAGGACAUUGUCGGCGAUGACGCCGUACAGAACUCACAGAAGAUGGUCGUAAAGACGCUCGACAACAUGGCCAAGGGUGGAAUCAAGGACCAGGUUGGUCAUGGAUUCGCCAGAUACUCCGUGACCAAGGACUGGAGUCUGCCGCAUUUUGAGAAGAUGCUUUACGACAACGCCCAACUGCUUCCUCUCUAUCUCGACGCCUGGCUCAUCACAAAGAACCCUCUCUUCCUCGAGACGGCCCACGACAUCGCUACCUACCUGACCUCAUCGCCCAUACAGUCGCCUGCUGGUGGCUUCCACGCUUCCGAGGAUGCAGAUAGUGCACCAAGUGCCUCGGAGAAAGAGCACAAAGAGGGUGCCUUUUACGUCUGGUCUCACUCGGAGUUCUACAAAGCUCUGACUGACGAGAAGCUGGCCAGCAUUCUCGCAAAGCACUGGAACGUGAAGCCUAACGGUAAUGUCAGCCCGAAGCAUGACAUCCAGGGCGAGCUGAAGGGACUCAACACGCUCUGUGUGACUUUGUCCAUCACUGAUCUCAGUCAGCAAUUCGGGCUUUCUGAACAGGACACAGUACAAGCUAUCCAAAUCGGCCGUCAAAGAUUGUCGGAUUGGCGUGACCAACAUCGUCCUCGACCUCUGCUUGACGACAAGAUUGUUGUCUCCUGGAACGGUCUUGCAAUUGGUGGCCUCGCUCGUACGAGUGCUGCCCUGAAGGAGUCUGAACCAGCAGCCUCUAGAAGAUAUCUCGAGGCCGCCGUCUCAGCAUCUCAAUUCAUCAGAAGAGAGCUCUAUGACUCGCAAACCAAGACUCUACGACGUGUAUACCGUGAGGGUCCUGGCGCCACAGCCGGCUUUGCUGACGAUUACGCAUUCCUCAUCAGCGGUCUCAUUGAUCUCUAUGAGGCGACCUUCGACGACUCGUACCUGCAGUGGGCAGACGAGCUACAGCAAUCGCAAAUCCAACAUUUUGCAGACAAUGAGAGCGAGACCAAGGGUGGCUUCUUCGGCACACCAGCACUUGCUCCUGACAUUCUGAUUCGCAGCAAGGACGCCAUGGAUAACGCAGAGCCCAGUGCCAACGGUGUGAGCGCUACAAACUUAUUCAGGCUCUCAUCAUUGCUUGAUGAUUCUAAUUACUCUGCUCUUGCUACACGCACUGCCAAGGCAUUCGAGGUGGAGAUGGUUCAGCACCCUGGUCUCUUUACCGGUCUCAUGUCGGCAGUUGUCAACUCAAGACUGGAUGUCAAGCCUAUUGUCAUCUCCGGAACUGAUGCAAGCUCAGAGGUGAAGAGUGCGCUGAGCCAACUACACCAGAUGGUUCGUCCUGGCUCAACGGUGGUCAGACUAGGCGGUGACAGCAAGAGCGACUGGCUUAGACAGCGCAACGAAGUCCUUGGCUCAAUUGAGCAAGACAGAGAUAUGGUUCAGGUGUGCGAGGGUACGAGCUGCAAGUUGAUCAAGGCAGCCGAGCUUCAGGAAUUGCUCAAGGGCACUCAUGUAUAA